CCCCUUUGGUCCCCGCGCCACUUUUGAGAGAAGGCUGCGGCGCGUUCAAAAACAAAACAAAAUCAACAAAAAAGUGUUGCCCAGCUUUGGUGCAAUAACUUUGAAGAAUCUCACCUUGUUAUGGAAGUGCACUUACGCCAUGGUAUCUAGACUCUCACUGCGGUUUAAUCUGUGGCAGUCAUGGCAAACGUAACAAACAACACGCUGUUUAUAGCGUCUGCUUUGCUUUUUGUCGUGGGACUUCUGUUUUUGGCGUAUCCGUACCUAACCUUAGCUGCCAUAACGUUAAGUGCGCUUGGAUAUGCCUCCUACAUCAACAGUGCGACUUUACUUGAGUACUACGCGCACUAUUCUUCAACUUUGUGGCCCCCUGUUACUGUGAUUGAGCGUCCAGCGACAUCUACCUAUGGCUCCAACCUCAUCAGUGGUGUGGACCUGCCUAGCCCCAUACCUCACGUACCCAGUGGCAUUGAAACACUCAAGAACCGUAGAAGCCCUGUUGAUGAAAUAGUGUCUUCAACUCCACGUGGGACUCCAACAAGCAGCCAUGGCUCAGGCAGCCCAAUACCUUUGCAAUUGCCAAUGCGGUCUUCAGUGGAGGGUGCUGUCAGUGACAGCCGUCAGCUCAACUUUGGUAGAAUCAGCACGCCCAAGACAUCACGUGUGCAAGGGCAAGAAGCGUGCCAGAACUAUGUGGAGACCAAUUCUAAUCAGAGAUUGCGCCAUCGGCCGAACAGCAACAAGGUUCAAACAGCAGCUGGUCCCUUAUUAUCAUCGGCUCGCUUCAAUCCAGCAUUUGACGCUGGCAUAUUUGUCAAUGUGAACAGUCCAGGAUUUACUGAUAGGCUUGUGCGGUGCGCUAAUGACAACACUGCCAAUUAUUGGGGUCAAAGUGGAUCUUCAGCUCGGCAAGAAAAGUAUGGAUCUGUUGGGUUAUUCCCUGUUGUGCAUCUGAAUGCUCCGUCAAUCCCUUCAUUGUCUCCCAAGAACAGUCAGAAGGCACCUAACAGCUCAGUUCGUGUCCGAAUUGCUGCCCCCAUGUUCUCUGAGCAAAAUUGUAGGCAACAUUUUCAUAGAGGAAGCAAUAUGCAAAUGAGGUCCUAUGCCACACGAGAAUCUAUUAGAAGAAAUGAAGUCGCCAAAUCUGUGCUGGAAAGUCUACAGGAAGCCUCACGCAAACGCAUAUAUUCUCAGUGCCAGGAAGUUUUGGAAGAAGAUCCUGGAAAAAAACGCCAAAGAAAAGGUGAUUCUGCAUUGCCCAACCCAAAUUGUGAUAUGUAUCAGUACCGUCAUAUCAGGGCUCCUCCAAUACCAUCUGCCUUACCAACAAAUGUCCAAAAUGAAGUUACGUCACAGACUAAGAGGGGGCAUGAUGACCCUUCAAAAGCUAAUGAACCUAAAAGGCAGAGGCAACAUGGGAGGCCAAUAUCAACAAAUAAUGAAAUAUCUAGCUCAUUGAGUUCCAGUAAGACAUUGCUUCAACAACUUAGUGGAAACAAGCGUAAAGCAGACCAUGAAUAUUCAGAUGGCGGCAGGGAAAAGCAAUUCAAAGAUGGGUUCAGUUCAGACCCUGCGCCGUCCACUUCACCUUGGCUUCAGUCUCGUUCAUGUGAUGAGGGAAAGAGUGCUGCCCGAACUCAGGAGGUUGUAAGAUCACAGAAAAAAUCUACCCCUGACUCAAAUCAGAUAGCAGCCAAUGUAACUGUCCAGAGGAAAAAUGUGGCUACAGAAACAACUGAUCAUAUUGCUAAACCUAAACCUGUGACAUCUACUGAUAGCCCAAAGACUUCUAUUGAACAGCACGAAAAAGUUGAAACUGACUUGACCUCAAAGCUUUUCCGCAAGGAUAUUGCUUCCAGAUCUCAUCCAAAAGUCAAUCUUCCUGAAAAGAAAGGCAGCUCCUGGGCACAAGAACCUCCAGAUGCAGAUGAAAGAUGUCUUCUACAGCAAAGCAAUUCAUCAGAAAUAGACCGACCAGAACGGUUUCAAAGUCUUUUGUCUCGAAUGUGUGGUGAAGAUGUUCAUCUUGCCAAAACUUCAGAGAGUGCUCCGCUUCAAACUGCAAUAUUGCCUCUGAAAAGUAGCAAUGCUUUAUUUGCUGCUGAUCUUGGAACAAACCCGACCAAUCCAGCCACCACUACCAUCAGCAAUGUUGCUGAGUUGGAUAAACCCGCAACUCUUAUUUCUAGCCCUGUAUCAUUGGCCACUUCAAAUUCAGAACUGGCUAGUAAACUCCAGUCAUCUGUAACCAGCCAGUCCAACAGUCCAGCAGUACAACCAGCCAUAUCAGUUCCUGCACCUCUCACAUCCUUGCUGGCCCCUGUCAGCUCCUCGUCUGCUCAAGUUUCUUCGUUUGCUUCAGUGCCAUCUUUUGGAGCCGCUGUUUCCAAAGGAGAAGCUGUAACUGUUCAUAGCUCCCUUGAUAAGACAGAAUCAACAGCAGUCCCACCCUCUGCACUGAGUGUAUCAUCUCCACCACCAACCAAACCCAUGUUUAACUUCAGCCCACCUACUUCCACGGUUCUUUCGCAGCCUGUUGUGUCUCAAUCUCUUCCUUCUAUGACUGCAAGUGUAACAUCCCCAAGUACCACCACCGCGACCUCCUUUGCCUCGUCUAUUUUCAAGUUCAGUGUCUCCCCUAUCAAACCAAACUCUGAGACAACAGCUUCUCAGCCACCCUCUGCCGUCGCCUCUCUGUUGGCAAUGUCUUCAAAACCCGCAGCACCACCUUCACAAACCACUGGGUUCUCCUUUUCACCCAUUCAGCCAAAUAGCUCAGCUUCUAUAUUUGCUGUGGGUAGUGCAAAGGACUCUACUCCUGUGACCUCUGUGGAGAGUGCAAAGUUCUCACUGCCCAGUGAGAAGCCACAAUUUUCCAUCAGCUCUGGCACCUUUGCAACCCAGCCAGAGCCUCAAGCGAAUGGGCCCACCAGCACCAGCAAUGCUUUAAGUCUCCCUUCAAGCACAACCAGCCUUAUCAAUACUUCUAAUCAGGCCCAGGCUGUUGUAUCUUCACCAAAUAGUGGUCAGAAGAGUUCUUUUGGGGGAUUUCAGUUCAGUGGAUCAUCUGGAAGCAUGUUUGGUCAGUCAGCUGCAAAUGGCUUGCCAUCAUUUUCAUUUGGCCCUGCACCAACAACAGCUGCCAAUUCUUCUCUGGAAAAAUCUGCCGCUGACCCCAAGUCUGCUUCUGCAAGUGGGAGUAUUACAUUUGGAACUGUGUCAACAACUGCCGUCCGUCAGACAACAAGUUCGGCUGCUUUCACGUUUGCUCAACCCAUUGGGAAUCCUUCGACUAACGACUCUCAGAAAUCACCUUUCCAGCUGGGAACCAAUUUUGGCGCAGCAAACACCAAUGCUGACUCUGCUACAAAUACAUCAUCCGCAUUCCGCAACCCAGCUCAGGGAUUAUUCAAUGGAUUUAAUUCAAUCGCAAAUCCUGCCACAUCUGCAGCACAACCAAGUCAGCAACUAAAUCAGCAGCAGAGCCCUGGUUUGUUUUCAUUUGGAAACUCUCAGAGCCAGCAGGGUCCUAGUGCGACUUUUGGUGCACAACCUUCAUCACCUCCAUCUAUUUUUGGAGAAGGAGCAUCUCAGCAACCAAACUUCGGAGCCACAACUACAACUGGAUUCUCCACACACAACAAUGUGUCAUCAUUCAGUGCCUCUCCUUUUGGAUCAACAUCCUUAGGCAGCUCGCCAUUUGGGUCGUCACAACCAUCUGCAGUGUCUUUUGGGGGGCCAGCUGCAUCUAAUACUGCUCCUGCAUUCGGCUUGUCUUCUGGAAACCCGCCAGCAUUUGGGAGCAGCACAGUUCCUGCAGCUGCUCCUAGCUUCGGAAGCACAUCCAUACCCUCAUUUGGAGUGACAGCUGAACCUGCCUUUGGUUCUACCACCUCAGCUGCUCCAGCUGCCAAUAUUACCAGCGCGUUUAAUUUUGGAGCUUCUUCAGACAAGCCAGCUGUAUCAGCCUUCAGCUUUGGUGCAAGCUCCACAUCUGCAGCCCCAGCUUUUGGCUUUGGUAGCAAUGAACAACAACAUCAAAGCAAUGGUGGCGCCCCAUUCCAGUUUGGUCAAGCAACAAAUCCGAAUGCACCUCCUCCCUUCCAGUUUGGGUCACCCUCUGCACAACCUGUGUUCAGCUUUGGAGCCUCCAGUCCACCAUAUGGAACUGCCACAAAUCCUCUUCCUCUUGGCAUUGGCAGCUUCACUAUCGGAAGCGGAGGCUUCAGCAUGGGAUCAGGACCCUCUACACCGCAAAGAUCUCGAACCUUGCAACCUCGGCGAAGAAGAAUAUAAUCUUUCAUUUCCAUAUACAAAUUUUAUUGUUUUCUUUCACUUUACUCGUGAGUUUUGAGUUUUCAAAACUGUCCCAUUAACCCCUUGCUGUGGCAUUUGUAUGUGUUGUUUUGAUUUAUACCUUCCUUUCUCCAACUUGUUUUUUUCUUAUCUCUGAUGUGCAUCUUUGUGUACAUAAACAUUUGAAGUACAACACAAUGUAUCAUAAAUGUAAAUACUAUGUCAUGUAGUGUCAGUAGGAUCUGAAUGCUAAGCUUUUUCUUGUCAUUCUGAUUUGAAUGAAUUUUUUACCGGUAUGCAAAUAUUUGGUUUCCAAAGAUCAUUUGUUUAGGAAGAAAAAUAGCAUGUACAUAUUUCAGUCAUACAAGUGUGUUUUGAUAUGUUAAAAGCAAAAUUUGCCCAUUAACAAUGGUCUGAGUAUAUAAUGACAAAAAUGUAGUUCAUACUAAUUUUACUUUGCACCUAAAUUAUGCAAAGGCACAGUACUUACAUACUGAGUUUAUAUUUUUAAAUGUUAUUAUUUUUACUUUGUAAACUUAUCUUCAGUUCUAGUACAAAUUAGUUUAUGUAAGUUAGAACCCAAAUGAAGCAGUGUGGUUAAAAAGUAUGUUUGUAAAAUGUCUCUUGCAUCGCAGCAAAUGGACUUAUCACGUCAUCCAAUGAUUUAAAUGGUAUUGGAUCAUGCAUGAGACAAGGGUGGCUCUUGUCUCAUGGAUCAUGCUUUAUAUGUUUUGUAAUACUGUGUCUGUUUUCUCAUAAUCAAUUUUUUCCCCUGUGUUUUAUGACAUGUGUUUCUAAUUUCAUCGGUUAUGUGUAACCCUUGUGUGGCUAUUUUCUAUUGCCUGAAGUGCCAUAUUCUGUCUCUAUUUAUUUUCAUUGGUCCAUUACCUGGACAGCUGUUUAAGCAGACAUUGGUUGGUCUGAUACCUAGACAGCUGUAUAUGACAAAGAACUGUUGCCGCAUUACGUUUAGUAUCUUUCCUCUUUCUGUUUUACUCACUAUUUUGUUAUGUCAUUAUUACUAUUGUGGGGACAACAAGAAAUACCGAUUAAUUUGUUGACAUCUGUUGUCUCAUUAAUGAUGGCAUAUGUCAGACUUCUAUUCAGAAACUGUUAACACCAGGAAUAUGCUGAAAAUUUGGUCUGUUGGUUGAAUUGUUUUCUUGUCUAGUUAUUGUUAAAGUCCAUUGGUGGGUUUCUUCCAUUGCUGUUUUCACUCUACAGACUGAUUCGUGUUUUCUGAAAGUACUCAUUCCUUAUUCAAGAGUGAAAGAAGUACCCAAUGUUCCAUUAAUUAACCAUAAAAUCAAACCAAGAGUUUAACUUCACUCAAACAUUAAGCUAAGCUAGUGUUUUAUGCUACACUAUUUGUUAGAUUUAAGAGGUUAAAUUUUUCACGUAUACAUACUGUCCAUUUGUUAAUUGUUUUGUGUCACUGCCAGGAAUACAGAACACUUUUGAAAUGUAUUUUUAAAUUCACAUCUAUGUGAUAUCAUCAAUGUCACGAAAUUUUUACCCGCGCCUUCUUUCUGGAUGGUUGUAUGUUAGAAUGUUUGACUAAGUGAUUAGAUUCCUAAACACUUUCUAACUAUCAAUGAUUUGUUAAUGUGUACAUGUUACAUGUUUUGUUUUAUCUGUCGUAAAAUGAUAUAGGUUGUUUAUAAAUGUUUUAUCCUUUGAACUACUGUACAGUGUACACAAUUGAGUGUAUGGGCAUUAAUUUUAAGAUUUAGCUUUAGUAACAUCAGUGGUUUUAGUCCCUGACUCAAGGUUAAUUAAGCCAUCUCUUGGACAGUACCUAGUAGGUGGUCAUUUUUGUGAUAAAGGGAUAGUAUGAAAAAUUUCCCUUCCUAAACUUUGGACAUGUGAAAAUUGCUUUUCAAUGUUGGUUCACUAUGUACCUGACUUAAGUUUUUUCAAUUGAAAAAUGCAAUGAAUACGUUUUAGUGUUCAUUUCUCUUUUAUUAAAUAAAAUAGAACUAUACUGCAUGUAUAUCUCUUUUUCAGUAUUUGAAGAUACUGCAGUGAAGUUUGUUCUAUGGCCACCUAAUAGGUAGGAUUGCUUGUGUCAAUUUUAGUUGUAUUUGUGUUAUACUCUAUUGUAAUAUCUCUUAUGUUUUUCUUAGUUCAUGUGGUGCGAUAAUAUUGACUUCUGCAGGGUGGGGGUUGGGUUGGGAUAGGUUUCUAAUUGCUGUUGCGACUUAAAGUCAUGAGGCCAAUGUCAUUUAAUUUAAUACUGAUGUUUUGAUGAACUAUCUAUUAGGCAAUGUUACAAUAACACCUCAAAUUAUUUAAUUAACUCCAUAAAAUAUGUGUCCGAUUUGGAAGUUAUAUCGGGUUCUGAAGUGGUUGCAUCCACUCAUCUCAGAUUCACCUCACCACCAGUAUUUUUUUAAAGAUUCCAGAGUGGUCAAAACCGAUUUUAAGACACGAUAAAAGAGAUUUGGUAAUGUCCUCCCUGAAGCUAACUAGUCUAAUUUUUUUAAUGUGUUGCCCAUCAAUGAGGCUGAGAGAAACCACAUGAAACAUAGGAUUCUGUCUAUUUUUGAACAAGAACUUAUAUUUUUUACUAUUUAGUCAGUUGAUGUACUGCAAAGAAGUGUAUGUGAUUUUGUUGUCUUGUUUGAGAAUAAAUAGAAGAAGUAAUUGA